CUGAUACCAUAUGGCGCGCUUGCGAAACUACCAAAAUAAUUUUUUUUCAAUAGUUCUUCCAUAAGAAUUUUGUAGCUAACGGUUUUAAUUCUUUGUUUAAACCAUUAAUUUUUCUAAUCCCUUUUAACAUCUAUUUCUCUGCGUCAUUUUUUUUGUUAUUUCAAAAGAAUCUAAUUCAAUUACAAGAAUUAUUUCUUUGUUUCAACCAUUUAAUUUUCUAAUCCCUUUUAACAUCUAUUAUUCUGCGUCAUUUUUAUUACAACAACUUUCUCGCUUUCAAGAGCGCAAAAACACUAAAAUGUAACCAAAGAAAUAAAUAGUAUUAAAAAGAUAUAACCGAUAUUAACUUAUUGAAUUAAUGAUAAAUGGGUGACCGUGUUCAAAUUCGACCAUCAACGCGACGAAAACUUCCCGAAGUUCCGAGUAUUGUGACUUACUCUGAAAAGACCAAGAUUUCACCAUACGAAGAUGACGAAUGUUACGACCACGUUAAUCGAAGAAAAAUCAGCCAGAGCAAAAACCCAGCCAAUAAAACGAAGACCAAAUCCCACAAGAAGAGAAAACAACCCGAUUAUUUAAUGGAAAAAUUUUACAGAGAAGAAAAUCGCGUCCGAUUGGCUGAAAUAGUGACCAAUGAAGUUGACUCUAGACAGUAUCCAAUGACAAGUGGGUAUGUGAAUAGGUGGCUCGUUCACUCUCACGAGAACGUAUCUGUGUUUCACGCCGAUUGUAAUGUUUGUGUGACCAAGAGAUGUGAAGAAGUGUUAAGUGCCGACGACAGCGAAAUUGAUGAGACAAAUAUACCUUUGGGUUUGAAGCUUCAGAACCCAUUGACAGAGAGAGAUCUCGCAUCACUUCAAUCACGAGUUGAGCAUACUGCAGACCCCGAUGAUGACUACGACGAUGACGAUGAAGACCUCCCGGAUGUAAUAAGUGACGGAGAGGCGGCUAAAGUGACAGCUGAGGUUUUGCUGGAUGGAGUAGAUGUGAUAGAGGAAAGGGGAGCCUCUGCCCUCAAUAUGGCUUCCCCUCCCACCAAUGGGGAUGACUUGUUCGAGAUGUUCCAGUCCACGUCUAAUCCGGCCAAGAAGGGACCGAACUCUAAAAACAAAAAGAUCCCUUUCGAGUACAGAAAUCUGACAAGGGAUGUAUUUUUCUUGGAUGGAAUCAGAAAGAUAGAUUUUGUGUUGGCAUACGAGAUCUCUGAUAAAGCCGACAAGAACUCGAGGAUGAAGAGAGAGUUCCGGAAGAAUUACUUCAUAGCCAUACAACGGGCGGGACUCCAACUGGAACAGCUCCACUUGCCCCAGUCUGACGGGAAGAAGAUUUUCAUCUGUGCACAUGUGCCUCUGGAUGUCAUGGUGCAUUAUGCCGAAAUGCUCAACUUUAGACUACCAGUUGCCUUGGGUGAGCAGCGGGAAGUGAACUGGUCACAUGAAGUGCAGCAGAAGUGGUUCAGCUGCAUCGGAAACAUGAUGUACCAACACACUCCCUACAUCCCCACCUGCUACCUCUCCUCCCCCUUCAAGGCCACCGCAUACCAGAGAUUCCUGGGUUCUGAUGACAGUCAAACUUUCUUCAGAAUUCGUCAUAGAAUUAGAAUAGCUCACGAGAUUUUGAACUCGGCUGAGUUCGGCUCUCGGAAGAAGUGUGAAGUCGGCUACAUUCGACUGACCGAGAGCUCAGGACUGUCAGCUGCAUAUCCGCUCCACGAUGGACCCUGUAAAAUAACAGAAGAGAUAGCCGAUGACAAUUACCUCUGGAACUCAAGACAAGUUCUCAAGUUCUUCUGGUCGAGUCCUAAGCGGUGGUUCAAGUAUCAGCCCAUAGACCUCAUCCGGGACUACUUUGGGGAAAAGACUUCGUUCUACUUUGCCUGGCUGGGCUUCUACACUGCGUGGCUGUUGAUCGCCUCUUUUGUGGCCAUAAUCGUGGUCCUUAUAAGUGUGGGCACUAUGUUUUCCAAUCCAGCUGCGGAGCAGAUCUGCGAGAGUGGAGAGGACUUCGUGAUGUGUCCUCAAUGUGACUUCGGCUGUGACCCCUGGUAUCUCUCGGAAACUUGCUACUACGCGAGGGUCGCACAUUUGUUCGACAACCCGGCCACCAUUUUCUUCGGCGCCUUCAUCUCAUUCUGGUCUGUGUUCUUUCUCGAGUUCUGGAAGAGGACCCGAAUGAACCUGGCAUACAGAUGGGAAGUGCACGACUUCCAGCAACAAGAGGAAAAGCCCAGGUACCAGUAUGUGAUGACAGCCACAGAGAACAAGCCCAACCCCAUCACGGGGGAGGAAGAGCCCUUCUUCUCCCCUAGGACUCAAAACAUGCGCAUUGUCAUCGGACUGGUCACACUUCUCUUCAUGAUGAUGGUGGUCUUGGUCUUUGUGGCGGGCGUGGUCGUCUACCGCAGCCUCAUCAUGGAACCCCUGUAUGACCUGAGCCGCACUUCAGACAGCUGGGACGAAAAAUACACGCCCGCAGUGGCGGUGGCAACAGGAGCACUUAUUCAAGUGCUCCUCAUCACCAUAUCCGGCAUCAUCUACACGAAAGUGGCGGAGGUGUUGACGGAUUGGGAGACCCACCGGACUCAGGGGGAGCAUGAGAACCAUCUGGCCUUCAAGAUAUUCGUGUUCCAGUUCCUCAAUCAGUACUCGUCCGUACUAUAUGUCGCAUUCUUCAAGGGCAGAUUUUCUGGCUACCCUGGCAAUUACACUAUGGCGUUUGGAUCCGAUGCGAGACUGGAGCAGUGUACAAAUAAUGACUGUCUAAUGGAGAUGGCACAAAAUUUGGCUAUCAUCUUUGUCGGCAAACAGAUUGUCAACAACACAAUCGAGCUGGGAAAACCCCUCCUGAUGAAGAUGUGGAAUGACUAUCGGACGCGUAAGGAGGGGGAGGGGAAAGACGGGAGAAGUGUGAGGAAACACCAGAUAGAGGAGGAGUUCAACCUACCCGAGUGUCCCGACCUGUUCGAGGAGUACCUGGAGAUGGUGCUGCAGUUUGGCUUCGUGACCAUCUUCUCAUGUUCUUUCCCCCUUGCCCCAGUGUUCGCCCUGUUGAAUAACUUGAUAGAGAUCAGACUGGAUGCCCACAAGUAUGUGUGUCAAGUGCGCAGAGGCAUUCCAGAAAGGGCCAACAAUAUCGGUAUCUGGUUUGAGCUCAUGACUGGAAUCUCAAGAGUGGCAGUAUUGUGCAACGCUUUUCUGAUUUCGUUCACGUCUGACUUCUUGAACAAGCUGUUCUACAAGCACAUCCAGGACGAACCGGAACUUGAGGGAUAUAUUGACUUCAAUUAUCCCUUCGCUCCAGUGCAGUAUUAUGAGCAGACAAACAGCACAGCCAAGUGCAGAUACAAGGGACUGAGAGACGAGGAGGGGAGUCUGCUCGACUAUUACUGGAAGACGUUCGGCUUCAAACUACUCUUUCUUCUUCUUUUUGAGCACCUGGUGAUAGUAAUUGGGAUCCUGAUCGAUCUUUUUGUUCCCGACAUCCCAGAGGACUUGGAUCUGAAGAUUAAACGAGAACAGUUCAUAGCCAGGCAGACACUGGCCGACGGAUCAGACAACCAAGACAAAACAACUGAAGCAGAAGAGAAUGAGAGGCAUAAUUUAUAGACGCAGCAAACUUCUAGAAUCAGAAAGAUUUUAAAAGCGUUACAUUUCUCAGAAGAGAUUUUGAUUCUACAAAUCUCAAAAAGU